ACAACCCAGUGAUACUUUCAAGUCGGCCAUGCCAUAAUUGAAGACCUAAUCUGACUACUAACCCUCCCCCCACCACGUCUUGGAUCGACGAUUAGUCCCUUAGCUUUGACAGCAGAUUCCAAACCAUGAAUGGAAGGUUUCUCGCAGGAUAUUCCUCUGCUCCAGCAUCUCCGCAACUUGUCAGAAACACCCCGUCGCCUUCAAGCAGCGAUGGCGACCAUCAAUACCUCGCGGACCUGCUGGCUGAACGGAAGAAGCUGCUUCCCUUCAGACAAGUCUUACCGCAUUGCGGUCGGUUGCUUGACCAAGAAAUUGCGCGAUUAUCGUCUAUAGUGGGGUCUCCGACUUACAUGGAACAUGAGCACGCCGAAACGUCAUCGCCCAUAUCCCAUCCCAUCUUCUCUCCCGGGCCCUCUCCCUUCGACGCGCAGACAUGGUCUCCGAUGCCGAACGAAGUCGGGCCCUCGUCGUCACUUUUUGCAACGCCAACAGCUCACCAGCCAACCACAACAACCUUGGUUGGCUGGACGCCUCAGCCUGGCGCUGCUCCGAUUGUCAAGAAAGCUCGCAGGAUUGACAUUCCAGUGGAUCAGUAUCCCACCUUCAAUUUUGUUGGAAGAAUUCUGGGCCCCCGAGGCAAUUCGCUAAAGCGAGUUGAGGCUCAAACGGGUUGCCGUGUUCUCAUUCGAGGCAGAGGUUCCAUCAAAGACCCUACCAAGGAAGAGAAGAUGCGCGACAAGCCAGGGUAUGAGCACCUGAACGAGCCCCUGCACGUCAUUGUUGAGGCUGAGCUCCCUGCAAACAUUGUAGAUACUCAGCUGUUGCAAGCUUGUGAAAUUCUUGAAGAGCUGCUGAAACCAGUGGAUGAAUCUUGUGAUAUUCUCAAACGGGCGCAACUGAGGGAGUUGGCUAUUCUCAACGGGACCCUUAGAGAAGACACUGGAUCGCACAGCCUCUUUGCAGGGUCGCCAUCGCCGUUUAGUGACCCUGAAUUCAGAUCUACCAAGACUCGUCGCUGACGAAGAGUACUGGUUGCCGGCAAAGCUUUGAUUUUAACUGCACGAGGGAAGAAAGAUCUUGUGCAGUUGCAGAGACUGACUCCAAUCUUCCUAUAUUUACCAGGCUGGCCAAGCAGCAGUUCUAGGUUUUAGGGUACCAGGGCACAGUAGAAUACCCUAGGAAUAGCUAGUCAUUAGCCUAUUCAUGGUUUGUCCUGGUUUCCUUGGGGCUCAGAGUCUCUCUGGCCGCAUUGAGACCACAUGCAUAGAUGUAUGUAUAUCCC